ACACCCAGCCAGGUGUGAGUGACCGCUCUCUCUAGCUAUAGCUAUAGCUUACCUCAUCACCGUCGUCGCGAUCCUCAAAUCUCUUUCUCCAUCGAAGACCACGACCAUCACCACCACCACGACUAUGGAGGCUGCAGCAGGCGGCGCAAGGGAAGUGCAUGUGAUGAAGAAGACCUGCAAGAACCUGAAGACGAAGGAGGAUGCUGCAGGCGGCAACGUCGCCGUGCGGAAGGAGCAGGUGAUGAAGACGACGAAGGGCCUGAAGAAGUCGCCGCCGCCGCCAUCGUCGUCGCCGGAGCAAGUGAAGAUGCCGUGCCGGAGCUACUCCGCGGAGAACAUAAAGCAUCGGCUGACCAAGACGGUGAAGGAGCACCGGGCGCGCUUCUACAUCAUACGCCGCUGCAUCCAAAUGCUCAUCUGCUGGCGCGACGAGUACUAGCUAGCUCGCCACCCCAUCCAUGAUCAUCGUCGACGACGAUCCUUUGCCUGCGUCGGAUUAUAUUGGAGGUUUCUCUUUAUUGAUUAGUCGCCUUUCUUAAUCGAUUUCCUUUAAUUUCUCAUCAAUGUAUCACCUCUACUCAGUUUAUUCCCGGCCGGCCGAUACAUGGAGUAUGAUUAAUAAGCCCUUUAGAUCGCUCCUCAUACAUCUUUAAUUUCCCUUCUCAUGGUGUUCUCCUUACAUCUUUCUUAAUUUCUUUUUGGUAA